AUGUCUUUGUUGUGGAUGGGCGAAUCACAUCGUGGGACAGCAGCGAACAUUGUCGAAUAUGAAGACACUAGGUUCCGGGUUCAUUCUCAUACUUACAUUCAACCAAGUGCGGUUAUAAUACCGUAUUUGGAAUUAGCUGGUUUUGCAAGUGUAGCCAAGAUAGCAAGUUUAAAAGUAGAUUCUAAACUAAUUGUUGCAUUGUUAGAGAGAUGGAGACCCGAGACACAUACAUUUCAUUUACCAACGGGUGAAUGUACUAUCACACUGGAGGAUGUGAGCAUGUUACUCGGUCUCCAAAUUAAUGGUAAAGCUGUUAAUGGCGCAACGAAUGUAACCAAUGAUGUUUACAUGGAGAAUUUGGGUGUCGAACCAACCGCUUCAGAUAAAAAUGGGGCUUUUGUCAAAAUUGUUUGGUUAGAAGCCCUAUUAACACAACUGGAAAAUAACUCUAACUCGACGGAGGUGGAAAAUAUUCUUCAUUCAAAAGUUUAUAUUUUACUAUUAAUUGCUACUUUUUUAAUGCCAGAUAAGAGUCACAAUUUAUUGAAUUCUUCUUGGUUACCUUUAGUAGGAGACCUAGAAAAAUGUACCACAUACAGUUGGGGUUCUGCUUGUUUGGCGACACUAUAUAGACAUAUGUGCAAGGCAGCCCAUAAAGGAGUCAAAAGCAUAGGAGGUUGUGUUGUAUUACUAGGUGUAUGGGCAUUCACACGCAUACCCUUGUUAGCCCCAGUUAGUAACGAGGUUCCAUCACAUCCGUAUGCAUUAAGAUGGUGCAAACGAGGUAUGCGUUACGGAAAUAAUCCUCGUCAUCAUCUACGGGGGUACCGUGUUGCAAUUGAACACAUGGAAGAAAACGAUUUUAUAUGGAGACCGUACAUACAAUAUCCAGUGCCGGAUUAUAGUGACAGCCGAGUUUGGAGUGCAACGACAUAUAUAUUGGGUCAUUGUGGUUGGGUGAAUUGUGGACGGUAUGGUUGCCCGAAUUGGGACAAUGAAUCGGUUUGGAAACGAAUCAAUGGUCAUGGGGUGUACUAUAGUCAAACAAUGGUUGGGUGUUAUGGCGAUGAGAUGUUUGGAUGGUCAUUGGUGGGGGGGCUACGACGGCAUGACGCUGAAUCGUAUGAAUCAUCUGGCCUAUAG